AUGGAGGAUGCUGAUGAUGUCGAGCGUCGCAUCGAAAUUUCCGAAAAGGACGGCAACAAUGCCUCUGACCGCGAGGAGCCCAUUGUUCUGAAAGAGGAGGAAGAUGCCAAUUACCAGCCUGCAGCUGCGGUGCCCGUCGGCAGUCCGCCUCCGAACGGUGGCCUUCGAGCAUGGCUUGUAGUUGUGGGAGCUUGGUGCACGUCGUUUUGUAGUUUUGGUUGGAUUAACAGUGUUGGUGUAUUCCAAGACUAUUACCAGGCUACAAUUCUCAAAGACUACUCGAGUAGUACCGUCUCAUGGAUCCCGUCCUUGCAGAUCUUCUUCAUGAUGGCCUUGGGACCAAUUAUCGGGCUCAUCUAUGACAAGUACGGCCCUCGCUGGCUCAUUAUUGGUGGAACGUUUCUUCACGUCUUUGGCUUGAUGAUGACUUCUAUUUCUCACGACUACUACCAGAUUCUCCUUUCUCAGGGAGUCUGCAGCGCCAUUGGUGUCUCUGCCAUCUUCCAGCCAGCUCUCAACAGCAUUGCAACAUGGUUCACCACAAAGCGCGGCGCCGCCUACGGACUUUUGGCAACUGGCUCAAGCUUGGGAGGUGUCAUUUUCCCCAUCAUGGUCAGCCGCUUGAUCGACGAGGUCGGCUUCGGCUGGUCCAUGCGAAUUUCGGCCUUCUUGAUCCUUGUCCUUCUUAUUGUUGCCAUCUUGACGGUGAAAACGCACAACCCACCAAAGUUCCAGCCCAUAACAGUCAAGCGAAUGGUCACCCCCUUUACCGAGUUUCAGUUCUUCUGUCUUGCCAUGGGAUUACUGCUCUUUACAUUCGGACUGUACACUCCGAUCAACUACAUCUCUGUCGAGGCUGCUGCUGCAGGAAUGGACCCCAACCUAGUUCUAUACCUCAUUCCUAUUCUAAACGCUGGAAGUUUAUUCGGUCGUGUUUUCUCUGGUUAUGCUGGCGACAAAUGGGGUCGGUAUAACGUCUUCGUUACAGUUUGCUAUCUGGCUGGCAUAUUCGUCUUGGGCCUUUGGAUUCCCGCAUCUUCAACCGCCGCAAGAAUCGCCUUUGCUACGCUUUUUGGCUUCUUCUCAGGAGCUUAUGUCGCUUUGAUCGCCGCCCUUGUCGUCCAAGUAUCACCCCCGUCCGAGAUCGGCUUCCGUACUGGUCUGGUGUUUUUGGCCUCGUCCAUUGGAGGUCUUACAACAAACCCCAUCUCCGGUGCCAUUUUGGAGAGGCCUAUUGGAUGGCUUGGCCCAAAGAUUUUUGCAGGCGUCUUUUGCAUUGCUGGGACAACCUUUGUGUUGGCAGCAAGAAUCCACAAGACGGGCUGGAAGCUGAGAGCCGUCUUCUAA